AGGUCUAACUAAACUUAAACCGUUAGGCUUAGGUAGUAAUUUUAGUAUUGAUCUAAAAUCUACUAAGGCAAGGCGUCUAAGGCCAUCAAAAGGGCAAUAAUUUAUGAAUAAUUAUAAUUGUCUAAAUUGUCAAAAAAAUACUUAAAAUAGUCGAGAGAGAUCUAUCAGACUAAUCAGAGCUAAUCUAGGAAAGACUAGGACUAGACUCUGGACUCUAGACUAGAUCAUACUAGAUGAGAUCUGAUCUAGAUUACCAUUCAUUGCUUUCUUAAAAAAAUGAAUCCAGAUGGCCAUGACUCUAAAGACAAUCAUGAAAAGAAAGAGAAAGCUUCUGGGCAUAAGAAAAAAGAAAAGGCAGCCAAGGGAAAGCGGAGGCCUAGAUCUAAUCAUGACACGUUCGAAGGAUGUUCCAGUAUGGCUUCUGAGCCGCUUGAUGGGGCCAGUAAUGUAGUCUUUCAAGAUAAUAAUCAUGCUUCAACAUCACAUGCUAGUGAUAGGACACCCUUUUUUACCACCUUUGACAGGGCUUGGCACCACCACCCUACCUACACAGAGGACCAGGACAGCUCAUUUACCAGAGGUCUAGGCACUUCACCACCUUCUAGACAGCGACCGUCAGAUGACGACAGCCAGGGUAGCGGUAGUCGCAGUCUAGAAUAUGACGUCUGGAGAAGAAGCCAUGAUUGGCACUCACACAGGCACCAACCUCCUACUCUUAGAAACAGGGGGACAAAACUAGGACAAAGUCACAGUAGUGAGAACACUGCGUCCUCUUCCAGCACAGCUCAAGAUUUUUCCCCUCCUAGACGACAUCGGUCUGGUCGAUCUGAGAAAAACUCUUCUCCGAGAGAUGGUGCUGUGUCAUUCCCAGACCUAGUGUCGUCUCAGGCAGAAGAAGCCAGAAGUCAAGAUGUAAAUUUAUUUCCUCGGGACGAUAGGAGCCCAUCCCUUUCUCCUCAUUUCACAGAUUUCUAUGCCAAUAUAUUAAGGGGCUUGGGUACAGAGAGUGAACCAUUUGAAAUCUCCCCAGAUCCCCCGUCUAGCUCAAGUAGUGUGGUGAUGUCAGAUGAAGCUAUGGCCCGGCAGUUACAGGAGGAAGAGUGGCACAGUGGAGGCCAUGUUCCUGCAUAUCCUUACUUUGAACACAAUAGUUUUUCUCCUAUGCGACGGCAAUCAAGAGCUCCAGCAAGGACAUUUUCAGACACUGGACCAUUUGGACUUUUAGACCUCGGUCAGCAUCAACGGCAGGCAUCUAGAAAUGAGGCUCGUGCAAGGGCAUCAAGAGCAAGUAGACGCAGGACACACAUGGAUCACAUGUCACAAAUGAGUAUGAGCUUCCUCACUGAUGACAUAACAUCCCUCAUCUUUGAAUUGUUUCACAACUAUGGCAUGUCCAACAUUGAUAUUGAGUCCCUGCUCAAUCCGAAUCUGAACCCAGGAGCAGUAGGUGAUCCCAUUCGUAAUGAUUAUGAGUCUCUAUUGGCAUUAGCGGAGAGACUUGGAGAAGUGAGCAAAGGUAUGAGUGAGGAAGACAUACAGCAGAUUCCUACCAGUAGGCAUGUCUGUGAUCCAGAUGGUGCCACAGCUGAUCCGGGAGGAGAGAAGCCCCAAUGCAACAUCUGCCUGAGUGACUACCAAGAUGGCGACGAGAUGAGGAACCUCCCUUGUAAACACAACUAUCAUGUGGUCUGUGUUGACCAAUGGCUCAAGAUCAAUGCUACCUGUCCAAUAUGCCGUGCUGAAUUGAAGAAAAGAAACUCCUGACCAGCUUCCUGUGACUAUAAUAGCCAGGAUUCGUCUCAGUGACAAUGUUAUUAGUAACACAUGACUUGACUGGGACAUCUAAGCCAGUGAUAUGUAUAAACAUCAUUUCUAUAACAGAAAACAAAAUGGCAUAACUAACAUGUAUUUUUUUUUUUUUUUACUGAUUUUGGUAAUUUUUUAUAAUCUGACGAGUGGUUUCCAGUAUUUGGGCUUUGAACCUCCUAUCAUAGAAAUCUGCUAUAUUUUUUUUUGUAAUUUCUCAUCUUUCGACCCGCAAAUUGUUUUUAAAAAAAAGUAAUUUCGACCCAGUUCUAUUUCCAGGUAAAACAAUCUUGUUGUUUAAAUAAUCUUUGCUUCGAUAGAUUAAGAAAAAAAACAAAGAACACACCAUCAGAAAAAAAGCUACUUCCAAUUAACCUUUCUCAUAUUUAUUCUGCCCAGGAGAAUGCUCCUUACAUGGAAACCACUUCUCUAAAUACAAUUUUUUUUUUGCUUUUAAAUUGCUCAUGCAUAACUUUUGUAUGUAUACUUUUAAUACAAUAUUCUUCAUUUUGUACAGAAUGCUUUUUAUUCCCUACCAUAUUUUAAUAGACUUUGGUCAAAUCAUUGAUUGGUUUAUAUGUCUAAAGGCAUUGUUUUUGAGAGAAACUUGAAUAAAAUGUUUCAGUAUGAUUCUUGGUAGUAGUCUAAAAUGAUUAUUUGAAUCCUGUAAAUAGUUUUUAAGUCAUCUUUGAUUUUUUCUUUUCUUUAUAAAUUUUGUUUUUUUAACCUAUUCAAUUCCAGCCCACUCUAAAUUUUAGACCUUUCAAAUCUCAAUCAAAAGGGGAUAGCUUGUGGGUUCACAUAAAAAUCAAUAAAAAAACAAUCUCCAAAGUAAAUAGAGUAAAUCCAUCUGCAAUUAAUGAGAAAUGAUUACUAUAUAUUGCAGUAUAAAAGCUUUUUGUUUUUACUAAUGAAUCUUCAAUGUUCUUGCAUGAUAAUGUGCUGGACCUACAAUUUUUGUUCUUAAAUCACCUUGGUCUUGGAUGAAGGCAUAAAGGCAAUUUUAGAAUAAUGCAUAUUCAGGUCUAAAUCUAGUCUCGUUCACUGCGUUCAUUAUCAUCAUUAACUUUUCCUAUUAUAUGAAGAUAAAGACCUCAUUUUGGGUCAUUAAAGUCCUUAAAUAAUUCAAUAACUUCAAUUAAACUUUACGACCCAGUGCCUCACGAUUUAUAGAUAUUGUUGAAAUUGAAAACCGAUCGCAAAACAGAUUUUUGUUAUAUUUUCCGCUAUUGGAAUUAAAAAAUAAAUUUACAGUAAGCUUCCUUGGCCUCUCUUAGGAACAUAUCUAGCGAGAUAUUCGUUUCAUUGGCUACUAAUAAGUCGCCAUAUAAGAAAUUGUAGACCAAGUGCUGAGCGUCCGUUUUUUGGCUGAAUGGGGCUUAGUAGGUAGUGGCCAUAUUUGUUGGCUAUGGGAUUGAAUGGGUUAAAUACAGCAGCAUGUAAAAUGAGUUCCAAGAAUGACAAUAAAUUUGGUGCGCAUGAACUCAUGAGUUGAAAGGUAUUUUGCUCAACACGAAUAUUUGUUUUCUAUGAGGAUUGAUUUUUUAAAAAUAUUUGGAUGAUAUGGAUUUUCUUUUUUUAUCUUUGUAUUUUAUUACUUGUGCAUGUAUUAGCCAUUGAGAUGUUCUUAUAAUUGACAAAACAUUUUAAAGACUGUAUCAUAGUGUAGUUAAACUAGUGAUAACGUUUCAUGUGUGAAUGCUAGACUUAUGUUUAAGUUGGUAGAAAAAAUUCAGUUUUUUUUUAAACAUAAGGGGGAAUGUAAAUAACAAAAUUUAGGCAUUAGGAUCAAUUAUCUUCUCUUUUGAUCUCUAAUUUGUUGGGUAAGAUUCAUGAACUGUAGAAAUAAACUAAAAAGUUGUCGGUGUUACAGAAGAAAAACAAAAAAGACUGCUAUGAAAUGAAAUGCUGAUAAGAUAAAAUGAAAUCACUGUCUGGAGACAAUCUUAAAACAUUGGCAUGAGCAAUACUUUUGAUGAAUUUUUUAGACCAAGAUUUUCACUUUUAAAAAAAUUUAUUACACAAGAGAAUUGACUUUUGAAAAUUGAUAUCAUUUUGUUGUUAAAGUUUCUAAGAAGUGUGCGGUACAGGUGGCACAGAAUGGACUAAGAUUUGCAAAGGGAUUCUGUGGAUAACAAAAAAUAAUAUUUAAACUGGUUCACUGAAUGAUACUGGAUCAUUUUAAAGAAGCAAAGUGUUUCAUUUUUUAUUGACAUGGGGGCAUCAGUUUUAAGUGAAUAAAUACUUUUUCUUCAUUUGGAGACACUUUAAACAUUCAAAUUUUGUUGCCAUCAAUCACUUGGUCGUUGUUACAUUGUUUGGGGCUUGAUAAAACUGUAAUGGGCAUUAAACUAAAUUUAAAUUUGAUGUACAGUGUAAAGAGUUUAAUCGAUUUUAGUAAUGUAGUGUUCUGUAUAAUAUUGAUAAUAAUCAUAUAUAUUACACUGUAGACAAGGAUACAGAAAUCUCAUGGUGCUUUUUUACCAACAUUAACAUCGUUAAUGUGCGUAACAUGUUUGCCAAAACAAAGUGCACAUACAAUACUAGGGUCCCUUUUGCAGUCAGUCCAGAUAUAAUGCUAAUAUUAAGAUUGAGAGAACUUUACACACCCUUGAAUAAUACCAGCUCUUUCAUUACCUUUCCCCUCUGAUGAAGUGAUGCUUUAUUUGAAGCUGAUAUAUAAAAAAUUCAAUUUAUACAAAUAUUGUACAAAAAUCUCUUUAUAUUACAUCUAGAUCUUGACACAAUUUACUAGAUUAUAUAAGAAUAUUAAUUAUAGUACUUCUUGCUAAGUCAUUUUUAAAAUUAUGCGGAGGUUCAUUUUAAAAUGUUACAAAUUUCUGUCUUCGUUCUUCAUAUAGUUGGAAACUUGUCCGUUUCUUUUCCAGUUGAAAUUGUGACUUUGUAGAAACACAAGGAUGUUAUAUUGCAGUGUUUCCCACACUUUUGACCUAUGUGUACCCCUUUUAUAAUUUUUGUAACACAGAGUACCUUACGUCCCCCCCCCCCCCUUCUAUGUAAUUGCAUCUAUUUGCUGAAAAAACAGAUCAUAUAAUUGGUUUCCUGGUUGUUAAUUUUAAUCUGAGAUGCUGUUCCACAUUUAAUAGUCUGUUCCUUUUUUUUUGACAAAUUCUGAAAAAGCAACCUCUCAUGAAUAUGAAGUUGGAAAAGACAAGAUGUAUUUCAGAUGCAGAGAGUUACAAUGCGUGACGAUCCUAACCUUUUUUAAACCACACAAAUGAAAUGUAUAUUUUGACCUGUAACAAAUGUGUCACUCCACCACCCAAACUCUGAAGUAAAUCACUAAUGCCAUUUGGUACAUCAAAACUAUAAAUCUUUUACAAAUAAGUAUUCAAUUGAUGGGAUCAAUGUUUAUAUUUCUACAUUCUAGACACUAUGGUAAAAUAAAAUGUAAUCUUUUUGACCUUGAAAAACAUCCCUAUCCAUUACCCAAUCUUUGUGAAUUUU